AAAAGAGCAGAGCCUGUGCAUUACUCCUUGUACGAGGCAAUAAUGGGGAAGGUAGUCUUGGUUUCAGCGCUGGCCCUGCUGCUGCAUAUGCAGCUUGGCUCUGCCUACAUCUUAUCAUGCUACUUCACCAACUGGGCACAGUAUCGCCCACCUCCUACCAUCUACAUGCCCAAUGACAUCGACCCAUGCCUGUGUACCCAUCUCCUCUACGCCUUCGCCACCAUGACCAGCAGCUACCAGAUUGCCACUUAUGAAUGGAAUGAUGUGGAGCUCUACAGCCAGUUCAAUGCCCUGAAGGACAAGAAUGGUGAUCUGAAAACUCUGCUGUCAGUUGGUGGAUGGAACUUUGGUUCCUCAGGAUUCUCUAACAUGGUGGCCUCCUCCACCAACCGCCAGACCUUCAUCACUUCUGUCAUUGCCUUUCUGAGGAAGUAUGAGUUCGAUGGGUUGGACAUUGACUGGGAGUAUCCAGCCAACAGAGGAAGCCCACCUCAAGAUCAGCAACUGUACUCUGUUCUGCUGGAGGAGAUGAGGGCUGCUUUUGAGGCAGAGGCCAAGCAGACCAACAGAGCUCGACUCCUGAUGUCUGCUGCUGUUUCCUCAGGCAGAGGCACCGUUGAGACUGCCUAUCAAAUCCCUCAGCUUGGACAAUCUCUGGAUAUGAUCAACGUGAUGACCUAUGACAUGCACGGUUCUUGGGACCCCUUCACAGGGGAAUGCAGCCCCCUGUACAGGGAUUCUUUUGACAGUGGAAGUUACAUCUACUUCAAUGUGGACUAUGCCAUGAACUACUGGAAAAAUAAUGGUGCUCCUGCAGAGAAACUGCUGGUUGGCUUCCCUACCUAUGGAAACACCUUCACCCUUACAAACCCUGCAGACCACGGAAUUGGAGCACCUAUCUCUGGAGCUGGAACAGCAGGAAAAUACACUCAGGAAGCAGGAGAGCUUGCUUACUUUGAGAUUUGUACCUUCCUGAAAGACGGAGCAACGGAGGUGUGGAAUACCCAGCAAGAUGUGCCAUAUGCAUAUAAUGGAAAUCAGUGGGUUGGCUAUGACAAUGUGAAGAGUUUUGGAAUCAAGGCACAGUGGCUGAUGAAGAAUAACUUCGGUGGAGCUAUGGUGUGGACCAUUGACAUGGAUGACUUCUUGGGAACUUUCUGUAACCAGGGCAAAUAUCCUCUCAUCAACGUUCUUCACAGUGCCCUUAAUCUGGACCAGCAGGCCUGCAAGCCCCCUGCAACCCCACUGCCCCCAAUACCUGGUCUGACCAGCACCACCCCCAGUGCCAGUGGAGGAAGUUCUAGUGGUGGCAGCUCUAGUGGUGGAAGCUCCAGUGGUGGCAGCUCUAGUGGUGGAAGCUCCAGUGGCACCAGUGGCAUGAACAGUUCAUACUGCGUCGGGAAAUCCAAUGGAAUGUACCCAUACUCUGCAAAUCCCAACAAGUUCUAUGAGUGUGAUGCUGGGAAAACAUAUUUCCAGUCUUGUGCUAGUGGCCUGGUGUUUGACACCAGCUGCUCAUGCUGUAACUGGAGUUAAAGCCUCAACACAUCCAUAUUAAAUAAUAUACUGGCUUAAACA